AUCAGUCUGUCUUCUGAAAAUCGACGGACAUCGAAAAUGGAAACAAAUUUUCGAAUGGAUAACAAACGAAACCUUGUCUAUGGAUAGCAGUGAAAUAUUUUUAUCGAACAAAGCACAUCUGGAUAAUCGUGUGAUAAAACUUGCAACAUUUGAAGUAAUUCCAUUUAUACAACUAAUCCCACGGGAAAAUGGACGAUCAGUACUAAACAACAAAACAUAUUUUAUUGACGGUUUGGAUGGUAGAUUAGUCGAAGGAUUUUGUGAAGCUUAUAAUUGUACUUGGGAACUUACUAUAAAGCAAGAUGCCCAGUACGGUAAAGUGUACGAAAAUAAAACGGCCGAUGGCAUAACUGGAUCGUUGUUAAAUAGGCAGGUUGACGUUGCAAUUGGAGGUAUAGCAGGAUGGUACCAUCUUCUCCCGUAUUUCAGUUUUACAAGUCCCAUGCAACCGAUUAGUGUGACCUGUUUAACGCCACAGCCAAGGCUCUUACCAUCCUGGACGCUUGCAAUCCGGAUUUAUAAGACACAAGUUUGGAUAUUGCUACUGGUUACUAUUGUCGUCAUCAUAGUUUUUACUUACGUGCUACUGAAACUCAACAAUGUACUGCAUAAUUUUCUUCCCAUUCCAUUUCAAGUUAUUGGAGGACUUUUGCUGCAACCGGCAAAUCUUCGUGUUCGGUCAACUUCCGAAACGAUAUUUUCCUUUUCGCUCAUCAUCUUUCUGUUCCUUGUAACAAACAUGUACCUGGCAAAAGCCGUCAGUAUGAGGACCAACCCUGCGUAUGCUGCAUCCAUCGACACCGUUGACCAUUUGGCGGCCAGUGGAUUACCCUGGAAUGCCCCUCACGAGGCCUGGAAAUAUUCAAUUCUUUCAUCCGAGAAGCCUUCCAUACGGAAACUUUUGCAAACUUUUCGUGCCCCAGAGGUUUCCAAACUUGCGCAAAUUGCCAACGAAGGCGAUGAAAGUCUUGCUAUAGCUUUCCUUGCCUACGGACACUACAUAAUUGGUAACUGGAUAAACACUGACAACGUUGCCCUGUAUCGAUUGAUGCAAGAGGACCUGUACUGGGAGUACGAACUAGUCUGGACAACCAAAACAUGGCCCAUGUACGACGCGUUGAAUGAGUACAUCAUGCGCAUUGUAGAGGCAAACUUGCAACGUUACGAGGAGUUGAUAGUAGCUCAGCAGUAUCUGAACCACCGCGUUCAAAACGUUAUCGCUCAUUCAACCGAUAAGGUAAAAGUAAAACGAAUAGUAUCAAAGUUUCAGAACAUAAAAGGAUACCUGAAUCUCUUUUUGGUAGGUGCUAUUAUAGCAUGUUUAGUGUUUGCUGUUGAAGUUCUUUGGGAGAAAAAGAAUGAUAUUUUCAAAUGGUAUAAGGGAAGAUAAGAACUAUUAUGUAAAACUGUGUCUUAAAAUUACAACA